GCUGUAUUUCAGCAAGACAUUUCUGUUUGGCAUUGAAGGAGCAUGGGAGCCAUAUACAUACCACCUUUCCCCGAGUGUGUUGGUGGAAUGUACAAAUACUCAAUUAUUUUUGAUGAUAUAUGUUAGCAUUACUCACAUGAUUGAACUGAACAAGGUUGAUAUUCAGCAUGUAUGUUCUAGGAUGUAUGGCCUGGAAUGUACCAGUUACAGCAUUGGCAUGUUUAUUAUAUCUUUUAAACAUUCAACCAAGUGAUGGAGCUAAAAACCAGGGAACUGUUGCAAUAGAAUACGAGAAUUUAUUCAUAGGCUCCUUUCUGGAAAUGAGUUCAGAAGUAGAAGCUGCCAUUGCACAGAUUGAAACAUUUCAAGAAACGGAAUUGUCCAACAUAUCCAAGGCGGAUGCAAAGACUGUUCGGAAGGCUAUGAAAGAAAAUAUGGGUAUCUUCAAACAACUGAAGAAAUACCAAACACAUAGCAAAGUAUUGAAAAGGCAUCUCUUGAAGUUCAAAGAAAAACUUGAACUAUACUUAGACCAAAACACAUUUGAAAAAGAGUUAGUUGAGGAUAUACAGUAUUUAAUUGGACUUCUUCAUAAAGCUUUAACAUUCAAAUUCCGAACAGCAGAAGGUGAAAUGUUUGCUAUGAAGAUGACAUUUAACUUGUUAUCUUUGGAUGGCAGUGAUGACUCACAUUUGAAAAACAAAGACUUUCUUUCAAUUGUGCUAAAUGCAACAAAUAAAAGGAGUGCCUUUAAACAACUAUCUAGGAUAAGAAAGAAAUUUGUAGACCUCAUUGAAGAAGGAAGCACAUUGAUAAAGGAUCUCGAGACUAAGCUGAUUGCCAAGUUAAAAUUCAAACCGGUUCCAGUAAUAACUGAUGAACCGGGGGUAAAGUUGAUAUUAAGGGAAAUUUAUGAUGAAGUUGAAAACUAUGGUAGCCUGAAGGUAAAUGAUUUUGGUGCAUGGUACUACCUGUGUGACAAGGGGUGGAGUGAUAAGACAUCACAGGUUGUGUGUAGGGAACUAGGCUACGAUCCUACAAGGGCUGUUACAAUCAAAUCAGGACUUGCAACAUAUGGAGAGGCAGAUGAAUACAUUGGGUCUAAACUUGUUAUCUCUAGUAAAAUACUUUGUGGUGGCAAUGAAACCCGUCUAUCUCAAUGUCAUAAAGAGGAAUGGAAACUGGGGAGUCAAAAUUGUGAACCAAAUAAUUAUAUAGCUAUAGCCUGUGGAAACAAAAGAAUAAUAAAAACUCGACUUGCUGAUGGGAGUUCUUUAUCAGGAAGACCUGAAGUAUUUUACAAAGGAAAUUGGGCAAAUCUGUGUACCUCGAACACCAGGAAAGACAGAUUGGAGCUUUUUGCAUAUUUAACAUGUGAAAACACUGGUUUAAAAGGAAGAAAUGCAUUUACUGUGCCAUAUAGUCAGUUUGGAAAGGGAACCUCUGAUGUAUCGGUGGAACUUGAUUGUCCUCAGCCCUGGCGUUUUCCUACCUUACAACUAUGUAGAUUGAGAGAGGUGAAAUCAUGCAGCCAUGUGUCUGUCUUCUGUUUCGAAAAUGAACCAAAAAUUGAUGCAUUCGUGAAAUGUCUUUCUCUCGGAGGAUAUUAUAAGGGGCAUGGCCUUGUACGAUUUUGUGAAGAAUUUGAGCAAGAAGAAAGAAGAAGAUGGGAUGGAUCAUAUUUCAAUCCAUUUGUCAAUUUUGCUACUGUUUGUGGAAAUAACUUUGGUAUUAAAGAAUCUCAAGUGGUCUGCAGGCAGUCAGGUUUUAAUCCUGCCGAUGCAGCACUAAAUACUUUUGGCUUAUAUGAUGAAUGUAUUGAGGGAGGAGAUGACAUAAAAAUGAGUGAUGUGCAGUGUAAAGGUGAUGAGAAAAAUCUUGCAGAAUGUACUUUCAAAUAUGGUGAAAAUGUUACCUGUCCUGGUAACAAAAGGGCAAGUCUCUUUUGUACACCCAUUCCGGUGCGUAUAGACGAUGAUCAAAGUUUGCAUAUGUUCGUAAAUGAAGAUUGGCGUAGAAUCUGUGCUACAAACUGGGGAGUUGAAGAGGCAAAAGUUGUGUGUAGACAACUUGGAAAACCAUAUGGUAAUGCUUCGGGGUAUGCUGUUCCAGGGGAUUCACAAAAUGCAUGGAUAACUGAUGUGAAUUGCCAAGGGGAUGAAAGACAUAUAGGGCAAUGUGAUUAUAAUGCUGAUUUCUCCCUGGAUUUACUUACGGAUGAUUAUCACUGUUCUUACUGGAACAGAUUUGAUUCAGAGAGGUUUAAUCCAGGAAUAACAGAAUACCUCGAUUAUGACUUUUACAACUGUAAUGAUGGUGGUUAUGCUGCAAUAAAUUGUCAAUAA